AUGGACUGCAGCUGGAGAACCCUCCUCCUGGUGGCCAUGGCGACAGGUGUCCACUCCCAGGUGCAGCUGGUGCAGCCUGGGGCUGAGGUGAGGCAGCCUGGGGACUCCGUGAAGGUCUCUUGCAAGGCUUCUGGAUACACCUUCACCAGCUACUACAUGCACUGGGUGCGACAGGCCCCAGGACAGGGGCUCGAGUGGAUGGGGUGGGUUUACCCUGGAAGUGGAGGCACAAAAUACUCACAGAAGUUCCAAGGCAGAAUCUCCAUGACCGCAGACAAGUCCAAAAGCACAGCCUACAUGGAGCUCAGCAGCCUGAGAGCUGAGGACACAGCUGUGUAUUACUGUGCAAGACACAGUGAGGGGAAGUCAGUGUGA